UCAGACGUGGCAAAGUAGAUAAAAUUUCGAUACGACUAAAACACACACAUAUACGUAUACUUUCCGAAUGUUAAUAGCGAAAUUAAAUGUUGUUCUUGUAACUCGCCCCAGCUCAGGCAGGGUUGAGCUAAUUGUCGCCUAAUCCUGCCCCGGGGCGUUUGGAGAGCCUUGAGCAAGAAUUCUUGUUCAGCUGUCCUCUGUUAUUCGGGCUGGAACGCUGUGCCUUCAACGCACUCUCGCGCUUCAACAAAAAAGGAGCAAGAAACAAAAAAGCGCGAGACGAAGACACGCCACGAUCGAUCUCAUGUUUUAAAGAGGGUUGAAGAUACAUUAACAGCUAUGUCUUCCAAGGCCAGAAUCGCUCCUUGGAUCGCCGAGAUUGAAGGGGAGAAGAGAACUGGAAGCAGUUUAUUUGACACUGUGCUGUUUGUACAGGAGGGAAGGAGCAUGUCUCGGCUCUCUUUGACCCGGUCCCCAGUGUCUCCUCUGGCCACUCAGGGAAUCCCACUGCCGGCCCAGCUGACUAAAGCCAACGCUCCAGUCCACAUUGAUGUAGGCGGGCACAUGUACACCAGCAGUUUGGCCACCCUCACCAAAUACCCAGACUCGAGAAUCAGUCGUCUGUUCAACGGCACUGAACCGAUUGUUUUGGACAGUCUGAAGCAGCAUUAUUUCAUUGACAGAGAUGGAGAGAUAUUCCGCUACAUCCUGAGCUACCUGAGAACCAGUAAACUGCUUCUUCCUGACGAUUUCAAGGAGUUCCAGCUGCUGUAUGAGGAGGCUCGGUAUUACCAGCUGACGCCUAUGGUGAAAGAGCUGGAGCGCUGGAAACAGGACCGGGAGCAGAGACGGACAUCUAAUCCCUGCGAGUGCCUGGUGGUGCGGGUGACCCCUGACCUUGGCGAGAGGAUCGCCAUCAGUGGAGACAAGGCCCUUAUAGAGGAGAUUUUCCCAGAGACAGGGGACGUCAUGUGUAAUUCAGUCAAUGCCGGCUGGAACCAGGACCCAACCCACGUUAUUCGGUUUCCACUGAAUGGUUACUGCAGGCUCAACUCCGUGCAGGUCUUGGAGAGACUCUUCCAGAAAGGGUUCAGCAUGGUGGCAUCUUGCGGGGGAGGCGUUGACUCCUCCCAGUUCAGCGAGUACAUCCUGAGUCGAGAGGACAGACGGUGUCAAACCAGCCACACGCCCAUCAGGAUAAAACAAGAGCCUCUAGACUAGACCACCAACGCCUCAGUCUGCUUUCGAUUAAAAAAAAAGGCAAACGGACAAACACAAGACGUUCGUUUGCAAGAAGAGUCUCCUGCUUGACCCUUCAGACUCUUAAGAGGACUGAAAUCAAAAUAUACGAUUAUUAUGGCUUCAUUUCAUUGACAUCUUUUUUUUUUUUUUUUUUUUUUACAAACGAAUUAAGUCAUAUGAUAUUAUUUCAGCCAUUUUUCACCUUGAGUUUAAAUUUUUAGCUGUUGUGUUGGCUUGAUUCAUGAAAAAUGUAUAGUAUGUUGAUCUUCCACAUUUCUGCAGUGCAUAUUUUAUUGUAGUUGAAAACCAAGAGGUAAUUUUGCCAUUGUAUGUGCGUAAAUGAAAGAAAGAACUCCAUAAGGAAGUUAAGCUCAUGGCGAACACAUACCUUUCGGCUAGAUCAUUUUCAAACGAUGCACCAGUCAGAUCUCCAACCUUAAGGGCAAAAUUAACAGCACAAAAUACAAAAUUUGUCCUCCAUUUUUAAUCUAGAUAUCUAAUGUUCUCAUUUUCCAGUCCCAUCUUAUGUAAAUCAGUUCUUUUAUGACCUACAGGUUUAUCGCUGUUGCCUCACUACAUGAAGGAUAUGAGAGCAGUUCUCAGAAGUCAAUUGGUUGUAAGUGCAGACUUCUCUGUUCUGGCUGUGUAGAUGUUUUGACUAGAGGCUACAUGGUUAAAGCAGGUAGCCUGGUAAUGCAUUCAGUGCUGGGCAGAGAGGCUUUUUGUUCAAGCAAGUCUAAAGGGAAACCUGGACUCAUUUGUGAGAGCUUUUCUGAUGGCAUUGCUAAAUCCGAUUGUACACAAAACAACACUUGAUCUUUAUGUUGGAUCCCCGUUUUCUUCAAAUUAGCCUUGAACGUGCCAAAAGAGUUGAUAUUGUUCCAUCUAGCAAUGUAUGACUUUAUUAUACAUGAUUGCUUUGAUAACUGAUUUAAAAGAUCAGCAAAGAUCUCUUGUAGAUACAAUGCCCUGUGCAUCCAAAACAACGUCUUGUUUGAUGAAGGCAGCUUUAGGAGAUGGUAAAAUGAGAUUACUCAGAUUGUUAAUGAAUGCAGCACUCCAAGGCUGCUUGCACUGUAUAUUAGAGUCGCUAGUCGGACCAUUGGAGAAGGGGGGGGAUUACUGUGCCCCUUAAGGCCCAGAGCAAUGGAGACGGAUGGGUUAAGGGUCAGAAAUGAGGCAGGUGCCUCUCCAGGAGUUAAGGUCACUUUCCCACAAUCCCUUUUACUCAUGCUCUCCCUUAGCAAAAUCACUAUUAGAGACACAAGGCGAGAGACUGAGUAAGAAUAAACUUGAAACGUUAAUUUGGUGGCUGGUAAACAGACUGAAAUGCGUAAUGUAUUAUAAAACAAGGCUUCAUUUUUAAGGCAGUCUGCCUCACCAUUUCAAAAGUAAGGGUCAUGGAAGUGUCAUGAACAUGUUGAGUUGUGCUAUGUGUUGUCUUAACUGUACAGCGACUGAGAAAACACAUGCAAUUAUUCAGCAAAUGUGUUCAAAUUUAAAUCUUUGAUUAAUCGCACAUUGUACAUAAUGGCUCAUGGCAGCUUUGUAAGACCCCUUAAUAUAACAUACCAUGUCAGUUUUUGAGUUCAUAGACAAUAUUAUAAAAAGACAAGCCUUCAAGGAUGCAACCUGGUAACUUUGAAGGGGAUCGAUGAAUUUGUCUCCAGUGCGAAGAUGGUCGGAGGAGCUGCGUUGGAUAUUACAUAAUCAAAUCUUAAUUUAAAUACUGCGCUAAUGGAUGUUGUCAAGAUGUAUAUUGCAGUAUGGUCCAAAUGUAUAUUAUUUAAAUAAAACAUUUUUUGUAAUGGAUUAUUAUUUAUAUGAAUCAUAGUGGUAUGUCAGGCAUGUGUUUAUUUGAAUUGUAACAUUCUUUUUGUAAUCGAUGUUGAUAAAAUGAACUUUUAAUAAAUUGUUGGGAUUUCUUUCCCUAUUUUAAAGCAUUGAAAGCGUCAAUGUGUCCAAAAAAAAAUAAAAAAUGAGCCCUGAGCAAACAUGAGGAAAAUAUUUUUUAGCAUGUUGUUGCAUUUAAAGUCAACAUGAAAUCAUAAUUGAAAGUAUAUUUACUCCUAAUACAAAAUCCUGGAUUUAUUGUGAACAAUUCAUUAAUGGAUGAUUCCCAAAAAAUCUGUCAAGAAAUUUUUCUGGUCCUCUCUAUAUGCACUGAUCAGCCACAACAUUAAAACCACUGACAGGUGAAGUGAAUAACAUUUAUUAUGCAAGUGAACAGGCAGUUCUUGAAUUUCAUGUGCUGGAAGCAGGAAAAAUGGACAAGCGUAAGGAUCUGAGCGACUUUGACAAGAGCCAAAUUGUGAUGUCUAGACGACUGGGUCAGUGGUUAGUACCUUCACUGUAAAAAAAUAAAUAAAAUAAAAUACAAAAAAAACAAAAAACUAGCAAUUGUGGUUGCCAGAAUAAUUAUGUAAAAAAUACAGUAAAAAUGUAAACAACUUUACAGAACAACCUGUACAUUUUACAGUUUAAAACUGGUUUAUUUUAUGGUGCAGUACCGUUGUUUAUAUUAUUAAAUGAUAAACUUAAUAUAUUAACCUUCUUAAAUCUGCUUUUCACUUAAUAAUGUAUUGUUAAAUCACUGUAGUAAUUAUAGAAGGGCACAUGAUGACAUGAAGUUCAUCAAUAGUGGCUCUUCCAGGAGCAAUGACCAAUAAACAUGUAGAGACAGUGCUCAGUGUCUCUCACACAAACACUAAACACUAUCAGAGUAAACGUGUGAAAUUAAAAUAAUACAAUAAACAUGAACUAAACUACAUAAAAUAUAACAUACAUAACUGAUAUUAAAAAUAAGAAGAAACAUAACUAUUCCCAUAAAAUAUAAUGAAAUGUAAUGGGUCAUGCAGGGAAUUCUGGGAACGCCCGAUUACUGUUCUUUACCGUAAUUUUAACAAUUUACCAUAAUAAGUACAUGUACUCUCUUGUUAAACAUAAUAUAAAUUUUUACAGUUAAUUAUAUGGGAAAAUCAUACUUUUGACAUCUAAAAAAUUAUUUAUAUUUUACCGUAAAACUACAUGUAUUGUCUUUUUAAAUAUAUCAAAAAAAUGUAAUGUAUAUUUUACAGUAACUACUUGUUUUUACAGUCUUUUACCAUUAAAAUUACGAAAUUUUUUUACAGUGUACCAAAAGUGGUCCAAGGAAGGACAACCGGUGAACCGGUGACAGGGUCUUGGGCGCCCAAGGCUCAUUGAUGCGCGUAGUGCUGGCCAUGAUAGAAAGGUGUCAGAACACACAGUGCAUCACAGCUUGCUGUGUAUGGGGCUGUGUAGCCGCAGACUGGUCAGAGUGCCCAUGCUGACCCCUGUCCACCGCCGAAAGUGCCUACAAUGGGCAAGUGAGCGUCAGAACUGUACCAUGGAGCACUGGAAGAAGGUGGCCUGGUCUGAUGAAUCAUGUUUUCUUUUAGAUCAUGUGGACAGAUGGGUAUAUGUGCGUUGUUUACCUGGGGAUGAGAUGGCAGCAGGAUGCACCAUGGGAAGAAGGCAGGCCGGCAGAGGCAGUGUGAUGCUCUGGGCAAUGUUCUGCAGGGAAAACUUGGGUCCUGGCAUUCAUGUGGCUGUUACUUUGAGACGUACCAACUAUCUAAAGAUUGUUGCAGACCACGUACAACCCUUCAUGGCAACGGUAUUCCCUGAUGGCAGUGACCACUUUCAGCAGGAUAAUGCGCCCUGUCACACUGCAAAAAUUGUUCAGGAAUGGUUUGAGGAACAUGACAAAGAGUUCAAGGUGUUCACUUGGCCUCCAAAUU